AUUUAUAAAAAGCAGUCUUAAAGAUUUUAUUUUCUGUUAGUAAUAAUAACGUUAAUUUUAUAAUAUUUGGAAUAACUACGGACCCCUAAGUUUCAUCGAGCCUGGAUAAAAUUCCCAGCUCCCCCUCUCGACGGGCCUGGAUUUAUACGAUUGAGAGAAAAUACCAUACAACGUGCCAUAGAUGCAACUUUGAUUCUGAUUGGCUAUGUGACAGUGAAACCGUGAUCAUAGACAUCAAGAAAAAUCACGGUGAUUAAAAAGUAACGACCACUGAUCACUGAUCACGAAAUAUCGGAAAAUCACCGUAUCGUUCAUCACUAAUAUUGGGUAUCUUACGUAUUUUUAAAUUAUGAAAUAAAACAAAGCAUUAAGUGAAAAUAAAAGAAAGAAAAAAAAAAGCCAUUUCAUAAGAAAUUACGAAUAUUGAAAUUAUUAAAAAUUUUAUCUGUAAUAUUUAUAUUGUUGUGGGGAAAUUUUUGAGGCACAAUAAAUUUCAAAGACCUUCGAGUCAAUUAUGACUCUAUCUGGCAACUCGACGGACGCUGCCUUUGAAAUUCGUCGUGAAAAGUGAGAUAAAAGAAUUUAAAGCUGAAAAUGGACGAAUUAUUCGGAAGCGAUUAUUCUAACGAAGAUAGACAAAGUGGAAGUGAAUUUUCAGCUGGGAAUGGCCAUUCAGAAGAUGAAGGUGGCCAGUCAGAUGGAGAAGCUGCUGAAAGAAGUGAUGGUUCUGAAGUUGAAGCAAGUGGUUCAGAAGGUAGAAAUGAAUCUGAUGUAGAACAAGCCCACUCAGAUGAUGAAAGAAGUAGUCACUCUGAUGAUGCCUCAAACAGAAGUAACCAUUCUAGAGGACAAUAUGGUAGAAAUGAAUAUGAAAAUAGAAUGGAACCUGAUGUUGAAGCACAGUCUGAAAGAGAAAAAAGUGAAGAAUCUGAGGCUGAGCGAUCUGGAAGUGAAGGUCAUCAGUCUGAUGCUGAAGUAGAAAGAUCAGACAGUGAAGGACAUCAUUCAGAAGCUGAAGGAGAGCGAUCUGGAAGUGAAGAACUUCAAUCUGAUGUUGAAAUGGAAAGAUCAGGUAGUGAGGGACAUCAAUCAGAUAUUGAAGGGCCUAGAUCUGGAAGUGAAGCACAUCAAUCAGAUGCAGAAAUAGAGAGAUCUGGGAGUGAAAGGCAUCAGUCAGAAGCUGAAGAAAGAUCAGAAAGUGAAGGUUCUGAAAGUGAAGGCCAACAGUCUGAUGCUGAAGUUGAACAAUAUGCUAGUGAUGGACAACAGUCAGAUGCAGAAGUGCACAGAGGUAGCAGUGAUGCAGAAGUUGAAAGAUCUGAUAGUGAAGAGCAGCAUCAUUCAGAUGCAGAAAAUGAAAGAUCAGGAAGUGAAAGACGACAUUCAGAUGGAGAAGGUGAAGGAUAUGACAUGAAUGUUGAACAUAGUGAUGUCGAAAGAUCAGAUGAAGGUGAACAACCUCAACAUAUAGAAGCUGAAGGAAGUGAUCAUUCUGAAGCAGAAGAAGAAAAUCAUAUUGUAAAUGGUGAUCAAGCUCUUUCUGAAAAAGAUGAACAAUCAGACCAAGAAGUCAAAUCAGGAAGUGAUGAAGAAGUUGUUUCCAGAAAACGAAAAAGAAUUGCAGACAGUGAUGAUGAAUCAGAGAAAGGAUCAGACACUGAAAGACCAAGAAAGAUUAGCCAUUCUGAUUCAGUACAAGCUUCAGAUGAGGAUGGUCAAAAAGCCACUGAACAAGAUUUAUUUGGUGGUGAUGUUGGUGAUAUUAGUUCUGAUGAAGAAGCAGGCCAUGCAAGAUUAAAAUCUGAUGAUGAAAAAGAAAAUGAAAGAAUUGAGAAAGAUAUUCUUGAGGAAGAAGAACAAGAACAUGAAGAACAUGAAGAACCAGCACCAGAAACAAGAAUUGAAGUAGAAAUUCCUAGAAUUACAACAAAUUUAGGAAAAGAAAUACAUUUCAUAAAACUUCCAAAUUUUCUCAGUGUGGAUACAAGGCCAUAUGAUCCUCAAUGGUAUGAAGAUGAAAUUGAUGAAGAUGAGGUAUUGGAUGAAGAAGGAAGAGCACGUUUAAAAUUAAAGGAAGAAGAACAAGAACAUGAAGAACAUGAAGAACCAGCACCAGAAACAAGAAUUGAAGUAGAAAUUCCUAGAAUUACAACAAAUUUAGGAAAAGAAAUACAUUUCAUAAAACUUCCAAAUUUUCUCAGUGUGGAUACAAGAAGUCAAUUCUUGGUCAUCUNAAGAAUUAUUCGAUGGUCAGAUGGAAGUUUAUCACUUCAUCUAGGUUCUGAGAUAUUUGAUAUUCAUCGACAGUUAUUAAUGCAAGGUGAUCAUAACCACUUAUUUAUUCGUCAAGGAACAGGCUUACAAGGUCAAGCUGUAUUUAGAACAAAAUUAACAUUUAGACCUCAUUCAACAGACAGUUUUACUCAUCGUAAGAUGACCUUAUCACUAGCAGACAGAAAUCAGAAAACACAGAAGAUACGUGUAUUGCCGAAUGUUGGAAAAGAUCCUGAAGCUCAUCGUUCUGAAAUGAUUAAAAAAGAGGAAGAUAGGCUUAAAGCUUCUAUAAGAAGAGAGAAUAAACAAAGGCGUAUUAGAGAGAAAGCUCAUAAUCGUGGUCUUAGUGCAUCAUAUUUAGAAUCUGAUCGUUAUGAAGAAGACGAUGAUGGUGCCAUUUCUCUUGCUGCUAUUAAAAAUAAGUAUAAAAAAGGAGGAGCAGCUUUAAGAGAUCGACCAUCAAUAUACUCUUCAGAUGAAGAAGCAUCAGAUGAGGAGAAAGCAAAACGUUUAGAACAAGUUAAAUCACUUGACGAUGAUGAUGAUGACAGUGAUCUUGAUUAUUUUGAAAGAAAGAAAGCUAUUGCUGAAGGUAAAAAGAAAAUGGCUACUAUCGAAGAAAGUGAUGAAGAAAGUUAGUUUGUAUUUAAGACUUGCUCUUGAGCAUUAAUUAUGUAACUAUAGUUGUGACAAGUUUUGUAUUAUU